AUGGCGAGCAUACGGGGUGUAGUACAAAACAAGUUUUGCCCCAUAUAUGAAACAGAAGAUGAGACAGUGGAGCAUAUCCUGUGGAAUUGUCCUUCAGCAAAUGAUGUAUGGGGGUGUGGGAUGAAAAAGCUGCAAAAAGGCAUGUGUGUAGGCAAGCCUUUUACCAACCUUUUUGAGGAGGUAAUGGAACAAUGUGAUACAGCUGAACUUGAGGUUUUAGUAGUCACAGCGAGACGUAUCUGGCUGCGUAUAAAUGUUGUGGUUCAUGGAGAAUCCUUCAUGGAUCCAACCCAACUUGCACGUGAAGCGCAAGAGGCACUGGAGGAAUUCUAUAACGUGACCAUGCCAGAGGAGGUGGAACCGAAGAAAGACGGGGAACAGAGCAUGGGGAAAUGGAUGCAGCCUCUUGCUGACUAUAUCAAAAUGAAUUGGGAUGUUGCGGUGGAUGUGAAAAAUGGAUGGAUAGUUUUGGGAUGCAUUACUCGAAACUUAACAAGUGCUUUCUUGGCAGCCCGCAGUAUCACGAAAGAGGUUGAACCUGCAAUGGCAAAAGCCCUAGCAGCCGUUUAUGCUACCCAGCUGCCGUCUUUGGUAGGAAGCUUGGCUUUUGGCAGAUUAUUUUUGAAGGGGAUGCUAAGGUGA